CCGCCUCCGCCUCCUCGUCCUCCCGCAGCCCGGCGGAGCGGCGGGCCCGGGGCGUGCGGCGGGGCCAUGGCGGGCGCGAUGCGGGGGCUCGGCCGGCGGCGGGGGCGGCUGCUCCUCCCGCUCCUCUGCGCCCUGCUGCUGGGCCCGGCCCGCGCCGCGCACAUCAAGAAGGCGGAGGUGGCGGCGGCGGCGGCGGCGGCGGCGCCCGGCGAGACGCUGCGGUACCUGCACUCGGCCGAGCUGGGCGAGGCGCUGCGGGCGCUGGCGGCCGCGGCCCCCCCGGGCCUGGCUCGGCUCUUCAGCAUCGGCGACUCGGUGGAGGGGCGGCCGCUGUGGGUGCUGCGCCUCACGGCGGGGCUGGGGCCGGAGCGGGCCGGCGAGGAGCCCGGCGGAGCGGCCCUGCCCGGCCGGCCGCAGGUGAAGCUGGUGGGGAACAUGCACGGGGACGAGCCGCUGGCGCGGCCGCUGCUGCUGCGCCUGGCCCAGGAGCUGGUGCGGGGCUGGGCCGGCGGCGAGGAGCGCAUCGGCCGCUUGCUCAACACCACCGACCUCUACCUGCUGCCCAGCCUCAACCCCGACGGCUUCGAGCGCGCCCGCGAAGGCGACUGCGGCGGCGGGGCGGAGGGCGGCCGGGAGAACGGCCGCGGCCGCGACCUCAACCGCAGCUUCCCCGACCAGUUCGGGGCCGCCGAGCCCGACCUGGAGCCCGUACCCGAGGUGCGAGCCCUCAUCGCCUGGAUGCGCCGCAACAAGUUUCUGCUCUCUGGCAAUCUUCACGGUGGCUCGGUGGUUGCAAGCUAUCCCUAUGAUGACUCUCCCACACAUAAGCCCACAGGAGUCUACAGUAAAUCAGCUGAUGACGAAGUGUUCAAAUAUUUGGCAAAAGCUUACGCGUCACACCACCCUAUAAUGAGAACUGGCAAACCCAAUUGCCCUGGCGAGGAGGGAGAGACCUUCCAAGAUGGUAUCACAAACGGUGCCCAGUGGUACGAUGUGGAAGGUGGGAUGCAGGAUUACAACUACGUGUGGGCCAACUGCUUUGAGAUCACGUUGGAGCUGUCCUGCUGCAAAUAUCCACCGACCUCCGAGCUUCAGCAGGAGUGGGAGAACAACCGGGAGUCUCUCCUUGCUUUCAUUGAGAAGGUCCACAUUGGUGUGAAAGGCUUUGUCAAGGACGCAGUCACUGGAGCUGGCCUGGAGAAUGCGACCAUUGUUGUCGCCGGUAUUGCUCAUAACAUCACAGCGGGCAAAUGUGGCGAUUACCACCGACUGCUUGUGCCUGGGACCUACAACGUGACCGCAGUUGUAAUGGGUUACACACCAAUGACCAGAGAAAACAUCGAGGUGAAGGAGGGAGCUGCAACAGAAGUGGAUUUCUCCUUGCAGCCAACUGUAAUGCCCCCAGCUCUUAACAUCACGCAGUUCACGGCAACACCCGCUCCUGUCUCUACCGUCACCCCCACCCCUGUGCACGCAGGGGCCCCAAGCCCAACGUCUCUCCAUGAACCCAUCCAACCUGUGGACUUCCGCCACCAUCACUUUUCAGACAUGGAGAUCUUCCUGCGGCGGUACGCCAGCGAGUACCCCAGCAUAACCCGACUCUACUCUGUGGGCAAGUCGGUGGAGCUGCGGGAGCUCUAUGUGAUGGAGAUCUCUGACAACCCUGGCACGCAUGAAGCAGGUGAGCCGGAGUUCAAGUACAUCGGUAACAUGCAUGGCAAUGAAGUUGUGGGGCGAGAGCUUCUCCUGAACCUCAUCGAGUACCUCUGCAAGAACUUUGGCACAGAUCCUGAGGUGACCGACUUGGUCCGGAGCACACGGAUCCACAUCAUGCCGUCCAUGAACCCUGAUGGCUAUGAGAAGUCCCAGGAAGGAGAUAGAGGAGGUACCGUUGGCAGAAACAACAGCAACAACUACGACCUGAACCGGAACUUCCCAGAUCAGUUCUUCCACGUGGCAGACCCUCCGCAGCCAGAAACUCUCGCUGUCAUGACCUGGUUAAAGACUUACCCCUUUGUGCUCUCCGCAAACCUGCACGGAGGUUCUCUGGUGGUUAAUUACCCCUUUGAUGAUGAUGAACAAGGAAUAGCCAUAUACAGUAAAUCCCCAGACGAUGCUGUGUUUCAGCAGCUGGCGCUUUCCUACUCCAAGGAAAACACGAAGAUGUAUCAGGGAAGCCCUUGUAAGGAUAUGUACCCCACCGAGUACUUCCCGCACGGCAUCACUAAUGGGGCUCAGUGGUACAACGUUCCAGGUGGCAUGCAAGACUGGAAUUACUUACAUACAAACUGCUUUGAAGUGACCAUUGAGUUGGGCUGCGUGAAGUAUCCGAAAGCUGAGGAGCUGCCGAAGUACUGGGAGCAGAACCGCCGAUCUCUUCUCCAGUUCAUGAAACAGGUUCACCACGGCGUCUGGGGGUUUGUGCUGGAUGCUAUGGAUGGAAGGGGCAUUCUCAACGCCACCAUCAGCGUUGCCGACAUCAACCACCCGGUGACCACGUACAAGGAUGGAGACUACUGGCGCCUCUUGGUCCAGGGGAAGUACAAAAUCACAGCAUCUGCGCGAGGGUAUGAUCCAGUCACUAAGGUGGUGGAAGUUGGCAGCAAAGGUGGGGUACAAGUCAACUUCACUCUUUCACGGACAGACAUCAAAGCGGAGGAGGGGAAGGUGCCAGUCCUGAACACCCCAGAAACCAGUGACCCCAACGAGAAGGAGUUUGAGACCCUGAUCAAAGAUCUGUCUGCUGAGAAUGGCCUGGAGCACCUCCUGCUUACCUCCUCGGGGGACAUCUCUCCUUACCGAUACCGCCCGUACAAGGACCUCUCCGAGUCCCUCCGAGGCCUCUAUCUGAACUACCCGCACAUCACAAAUCUCACCAGUUUGGGUCAGAGCGUCGAGUUCCGUCAGAUCUGGUCCCUCGAAAUCUCCAACAAGCCCAACCAGUCCGAGCCUGAGGAGCCAAAGAUCCGCUUUGUUGCUGGUAUUCAUGGAAACGCUCCCGUCGGUACGGAGCUGCUCCUGGCACUGGCAGAAUUUCUUUGCAUGAACUACAAGAAGAAUGCUGCUGUUACAAAGCUGAUCGACCGAACACGGAUUGUGAUCGUGCCUUCCCUGAAUCCAGACGGACGUGAGAUAGCGCAGGAGAGAGGCUGCACGUCGAAGAUAGGCGAGACUAAUGCUCACGGCAAAGAUCUGGACACGGACUUCACAAGCAAUUACUCCCGGUACUCGGGGACACGAGAGCCUGAGACCAAAGCCAUCAUUGAGAACUUGAUAUUGAAGCACGAUUUCAGCCUCUCUGUUGCGCUGGACGGAGGAUCUCUGCUCGUCACUUACCCGUAUGAUAGGCCAGCGCAGACAGUGGAGAACAAAGAAACACUGAAGCAUUUGGCAUCUCUGUAUGCAAACAACCACCCGCUGAUGCACUUGGGCCAGCCAGGCUGUCCAAAUAAGUCGGAUGAGACUAUUCCUGGCGGUGUGAUCCGUGGCUCUCAAUGGCACAGUCACUUGGGAAGCAUGAAGGACUUCAGCCUUAUGUUUGGUCACUGUCCUGAGAUCACUGUUUAUACCAGCUGCUGUUACUUCCCGAGCGCAGGGCAGCUUCCCGGCCUGUGGGCAGACCACAGGAAAUCUCUCCUUAGCAUGCUUGUGGAGGUUCAUAAGGGAGUCCACGGGUUUGUCCAAGACAAGAGCGGCAAGGCAAUUUCUAAAGCUACCAUUAUCCUUAAUGAAGGUUUGAAGGUCUACACUAAAGAAGGUGGAUAUUUCCACGUGCUGUUGGCUCCAGGUUUGCAUAACAUCGAUGCGAUAGCUGACGGGUACCAGCAGAAACAUGUCAAGGUCUUUGUACGCCAUGACGCACCCAGCUCUGUGUUCAUUGUGUUUGACACGGAAAACAGGAUAUUUGGUCUGCCAAGGGAGCUGGUUGUAACUGUUGCAGGUGCAAGUAUGUCUGCUCUGGUCCUCACCGCCUGCAUCAUCUGGUGUGUCUGCUCGAUUAAGUCCAACAGACACAAGGAUGGCUUCCACCGCCUCCGGCAGCACCACGACGAUUACGAGGACGAAAUCCGCAUGAUGUCCACCGGCUCAAAGAAGUCCCUCCUGAGCCAUGAAUUCCAGGAUGAAACAGACACUGAAGAAGAAACACUGUACUCCAGCAAACACUGACACCUCCCGGGCAGGGAAGGAGGUUCCCAUGGACCAGACCCGGUGGCGGGGGGCGAUCCCUGUGGUUCAGUCUGGAAACAUUAGCUUGCAGGAUGUGUCCUCCAGAGGUGUGGGUGGCAGCUCCCAACUUCCCUCUCCUAUUUGCUCCGUUCCUAUGUACGUGCAAAUCAGUGGGUGUUGGAAGCUGUGUUUGGGCUAAGGACGUGGCUUGUUUUAUUUUUGGGUCAAGAUUUGGAGGUUCGCGUGACAUUGUUUGAAAGGCAACUUAACGGGGUGGCCGGCAGAGUUCCCAGCACUUCCCCAGCAUCUCGGCGCAGUGAGCAGAUGGUGGGGAAGUGCCCUAGACCUGCAUGGGGUUGUAGUUAAAACGCUCCAAAGCAGUUUCUCUACCUGUUUUCAUUUCAUGUUUUCUACUCUGUACUUGGGGGAAGCCAGAGCCUUCACUUGACUCCACGUUCUGCAGAGCAGCCCUCGGAAAAAGACUGUACUUGGUUCUCAACUGCUCCCUUGGAGCUUUUCCCCACGGUGAGAUGCCGUGGCCUGCCGUGGUUGUGGAGCACCUCUAAAGCGUUGCUAGUUCCAGGCAGUGACUUGGCAUCCUGAAAGCUGGGGGGGAUGGCACCCGUUCUUGAUGUGAGCUGGAGGAAGGAGCAAAUGUCGGAGCUUCGGUGAGCUCUGACAAAGUUCGCUUGCUUGCCAGCUCUGUGGUACUGCCGUUCCUGACUUCUGGGGAAGAAACUUCAUCCCCAUCACCUGUGGUGGCUUCUCAUUCGUGUAGCAGGCUUGGCCUUUGGGGUCUCUUGUUGGCAUUACAACGGCACGGUGUCUGAAAGAGCAACUCGGGGUUGUUCUAAGCAAAUGGAUAAACUGAUUGUGGUGGAUACUGUAGAAAAGCAAUCGGUUACUGACUCCACCUGAUUGGUUUUGCUCAAGUCCGCCACUGCUUGGGAGGAAACAGUGAAAUCUGACCACCUCUUUGUAUUUGAGCAUUAUUGGAGCAGCAGGGAGAGGUCGUGGGGGUAUCCAUGGCCCAACUUCAGUCUUAAAUUUUGAAGAAAAGCUGCACCAUUUGUCGUUGUCCACCUAAUACCAUUUAGUGAUCAGAGCACUUCAGAAACACCUCAUCAAGCUCUGGUGAUGGUAGGCAUCAGAUCAGCCUGCUGGCUUGGCUCGGUUCUGCUCCUACAGCAUCCCUGAAGUGUGUAGCACGAGCUCCACCUGCUUGUGUGUCAGCAGUUGUCUGCUGCUGUGGGGGCCUGGUGCAAGGCGUGAGGAAGGGCUGAAGGGCUGUGCUGAGGGAGGGAGAAGCAGCAAAGUUCUGUUGCCGUAGCACUUGGCAGGAAGUUGGAAAGAGGAGCUGCAGCAUGCAUCCCCAGGGCACAUUAGAUUUGGGGGGGGAUAAAGGGAUGUCCGGAAAGGAAGGAUGGCUGAACUGCUUGAUUUCCAAAGCCUUUAUACAUCUCUGACAUUCCUGUGCUUUCUGGGCAGAAGGCUGGGGUUAGAAUAGGCACUUAUUUUCUUGCUGCUCACUUUCUUUUCUAAUUCUUGCCCCACUGACCUGAGCUCUGGGGUGCAGGAGUUGGGUGCAGCAAUGUCUUAGGGCAAACUAGAUGCCUGAGCUGAUCUGUUCUCCAGCAGCCUGGGGAGGUCCUUUAGUGAAACCUGCACGGGGUGUCUGUGGGGAGUGUUUGUACCCAAACAUAUGACGGGGUCUGUUCUGCAGGGCUCUGGCCUGGUCUCGGGGGUGGAGCAGCGCAGGGCCUUGCCUGUUCAGGGCUGCUGGGCCACAUCACCUUGGGAAGGAGCUGUUCCUCGCCUCUGCCUGUGGUAGAUGCCCUUCCGGAACCACGCGCCUGUGGCCAUGCUGCCCCCACGCUCAUCUUCUCAGCAGCUGCAUGCUGAUCUCGUGCAGCGGCCUAGAGGGACAAAGAUAACCCUUAGACACCGAUACACCUUCUUCCCUGUUCCACGGGGAACUGCACCGCAAGAAGCUCGCGAUAACAUCUGGCUGGGGCGAUGAGGCUGAGCAUUCCCUGUGCUCCUGUCCUGCAUUUCUGUGGGCAGAAAGGGCUGCUCUUGUUGCCCCCAUUCCCCAGGAGCCACCAACGCCCGUGUGCCUCCUCCCAGCUCCUCGCACUGAGCAGGGGCUGGGGUUUGGUCCCGGGACACGACGCUGUUCCAUGUGUAACAGGCUGCGGCACACCAGCACCCACAGCGUUAACCCUGCCCCAUCUCCAAACUUGUCCUGCGCCUGAGGGCUUUAACCAGCCACAGCUAGGGUUUCGUAUUAAAGUUGAGUGUGCAAAUGGCUCUUGGGCUCUUGUUUGGGCUUUGUUUGCUCUGACAGCAGGUCAGAGCUGGCCUUGCUUUGUUCCACUAGCAAUAAGUCUCAUUAGGAGCUGGCCCUUUCCCUCUGAGAGUGCAGUUUGCAAUUAGCUUGGAGUAGGUGCGUAUAUUUAAGGUGAGUGGAUUUGAGAUGUUUUGCAACAGUGUGAGACUUUUCUACACAGCAGGACCAGGCGGGGGGUGUCUGGCUCUUGAUCUGCUCUCGGAGCUGUAGCAAGUAAGGGCUGGGGCUGUUUGUCGCCAGUUUUGGGAAGGCAGGAGCGGCCUCCCCUCGCUGUCAGUCUGUCUGUCCGUCCAUCUGUGGGAGUACCCAUGCCCCUUCUGGCGAGGAGCCGGUUCCCCCACGGGCGCUUGUACCUGGAGCGUGUCCGUCCGUGCACUGUGCCUUCAAAUGUACAUUUUUAAAAGGGACUUGAAUCGCCUUUUCGUGGAAGCGGGACGGGGCGCUGUGAGGCGAAGCCUGGCUCUGCCCUCAGCGGGGCUUUCUUUUUUUUUUACCUGUAUACUGAGAUCCAAUAAUCUGUAUAAAACUAUUUUGAUGUCCA